GGAUGGACUGUUUUGAAGGAAUGUAAAUAUUUUGAGCUUUUAAGAAGAGGUAUGAAAACGGUGGUCUACCUGCUCAAAUAUUUUUGAUAUAAGAAGUUGCUAGAGAUUUAAAAAAACAAACAAAAGCAGCAGCAAAUGGGCAUCUGCUCGUCAUGACUCAUAACUUAAAAAAGAAACCCACAUCAUCACAGCACAGUAUUCUCUCUACAUCAAAAAUUCAGUCAUUAAAUGCUAUGUGUUUAUUUUGGGAAUUUUUCGUACUGAUCUGUCUCGUAAAAUUCAAGCUAAUUGCAGAAGUAAAGCUGAGAUUUCUUUUUAGAUUUGGUCUUUGUUUUGUACAAGCUGGGAGUCUUGAUCCUGCGAGUUAUUGUAACAGUAGUUAUUCCAGUGAACUCGAGAUGUUUUCUUAGGUUUGUGAGGUUAAUUCUCUUUGUGUGGAAUCUCUGUCUGCACACAUACGUCGAUUUUAGUUGGAAAUCCACUGAAGUCCAUCUUAGGUGGCUCUUCAUGCAGCUCAUCAGGAUGAUGACCUAAGAUUUAUAAGAUGUUAAUACCAGCUGCAGUUGGUACGUUCACUUUGUUUUGUACCAGUGAAAACUGCUUUUCUGUUCUAGUGCAAGAACUAGGUUACAGAUCCUGCAGGGCAAGUACCUUGUACUACCAACAACAGCUAGGAAAGAGAAACUUUUCCGUGCCUUUAUCUGUUUUUUCAAAGUUGAACGAGACAGAUCCCAUUUUCUUUUGCAUCAUUGACGAGUACUGCAUUAACAAUCUGAAAGAAAUUAGAUCUUUGAAUCCAGAGGAAUAUAAAAUACUGCUCUAAUACAAUUGAUAAAAGGUAAAUAGGACUAAUUUUUAAAUGCAUCCCUACCAAUAUAAUCUUUCCCUGAGUGCUGAUCCUGUCUGCCAUUUAAAUGGUUUAGUCUGAAUGUAAUAAUAAUUCAUCACAUUAAAAAUUAAUUAACUUGACAGCAUUGUUUUAUUUUCUUGCUUAGACAGCAGCUGUCACUAUCUGUUAAACUUAGAAUUACUAGAUAAUGCUAAAGCUGUUCUACAGAAUAUAAAUAGCUUGAGAAAGAUGUUCGUGUUUAGUAUAAAAUUUGUCUUGGUUUUGAAAUGUGCAGCUAUCAGCUUCUGUUAUUGGCUCACUGAGCGAAUGAACUUGCUAAGUGGCUGAAAUAUGUUAAUAUAUUCUGAGUCCAUCCAGUGCCAUAUGUAAUGAUUUUAUGCUUGAUUUCUGAAGUAGCAGCAGUUCUACAUGGCAACAAGGAUUUUAGGAGCGUGAGUUGUCAGGCGUAUUUGCGGUCAGGAUUAUGCUGCUGACUCGACAGCCAGCUAAGUAAAUAGGGAUCUCUGGCAAAUCUUAUAUUCUGGUGUAAUCUUGUUAUGCGCAGUGGUGGUAUUAGAGAAUAUUAGAGAGAAAUGAUCAGCUAAUUUACGGAGACAAGAGGCAAUGUGUUUUUGCUUUAAUCCAAUAACUGACCCCCAUGAGUCAGAUUCAGAAGAGGGUGCUGUAAGAUGUUAUCGUCUCUUCAUCCACCAUGCUUUAGCACAGUUGCCAUAAAUGUGUGGAUUGUCCUUUGCCGUAUUUAUUCUUUUUCCUGCUUCCUCCAUCCCCUGGUAUCUGCUUGGGCUCCUGUAUGAUAUCAACAUUUCUCAACCUCAGAAAAAUGAAGAUUAAAAACUUCACAGUCCUUAAACCCCACAUUUUUUUCUGUUACGGAUCUCUGGCAGUUCUGUUCCUCAGUGGAAGUAACUUUGUUGUCUAUGCCAUAGAUCCCUUUUCAAGUUCAGAGAUAUGAUGAGGCAAUGAGUAUAAGGCAAAUUAAAGAGUUUUGGCCUUGAAAACUUGUAAUUAUUGAAGCCUCUUCACUUAGAUUGGUUUAACUCCGUACGCUUCUAUGUACAAAGUUACUCCGACAGAAGGCUUUUUGGCAGCUUAGUCUCCAUUGUUUAGAAAAGAGGGUAAGUGAAACUAAAGAGAAACCACUGGGAUAUCACGCUAAGAGCAGCACAUUUGGUUAUUAAUUUGGGUCUCAUCUGUGGCAGCCUGCCUGUUGCUAUACCACUGACUGCUAAAAGGCAGAUGUGGGAGGUCAGGCUCCCAAGGUUGGUCUGAGCUCAGGAUGAUUGGCUGCCAUCACGUCUGGACAGCGGUGUACAGGUGGGACGACCACUCUAGCCUCGUUCUUCAGAGCCUGAAUGAGCAGAGGCACCGAGGCCUCUUCUGUGACAUUGUCCUCGUGGUGGAUGAACAGAGAGUCCCUGCCCAUCGGAACCUCCUGGCUGUUUGCAGUGACUAUUUCAACUCAAUGUUCACCAUUGGUAUGCGAGAAGCCCACCAAAAAGAGGUUGAACUUUUUGGAGCCUCUUACAUCGGUCUCAAGGCUGUGGUGGAUUUCCUGUAUGGCAGUGAGCUGUCUUUAGAUGGAGGCAAUAUCGACUAUGUGCUCGAAACUGCUCACCUGCUGCAGAUCUGGAAGGUGGUCGACUUCUGUUGCGAGUACCUGGAGAACGAAGUCAGCGAGGAGAAUUACUUGUACCUGCAAGAGCUUGCCUCUAUUUACAACCUGAAGCGCCUUGACUCCUACAUUGAUUCUUUCAUCUUGCAGAACUUCGGCACGCUCUCUUUCACCCCGGAUUUCCUGCAGAACAUUUCCUUGCAGAAGUUGUGCCAAUACUUGGACAGCAGCAACGUGCAGCAGGAGUGUGAGCACGACUUGCUGCAGGCUGCCUUGCAGUGGCUUACCCAGUAUCCAGAAAGGGAGAACGAGGCUUACCAGGUUCUGGACAACAUUCAUUUUCCCUUGAUACCUAAAAGUGAUCUCCUCCAUCGAGUCAAGCCCGCUGUCUGCUCUCUUCUUCCCAAAGAAGCAAACUGUGAGGGGUUUAUAGAGGAGGCGGUGAACUAUCAUAAUAAUGUCACGGCUCAGCCAGUGCUGCAAAACAAACGGACGGCCCUGCGGACCUGCGAGGAAAGGCUCCUCUUUGUGGGCGGGGAGGUGUCCGAACGGUGCCUGGAACUGAGCGAUGAUACCUGCUUCUUGGACGUCAGGAAGGGGCAGUGGGUAGCAGAAACCCCUCUCCCAGCCAGACGAAGUCACCACUGUGUUGCAGUCUUGGGAGGCUUCAUCUUCAUAGCUGGAGGCAGCUUUUCAAGAGACAAUGGAGGGGAUGCAGCUUCAAAUCUCCUAUAUAGGUAUGAUCCCCGCUGUAACCAGUGGAUAAAGGUUGCCUCCAUGAGACAGCGCCGUGUAGAUUUCUACCUGGGAGCUAUUACUGACAUGCUGGUAGCUGUUGGUGGCAGGAAUGAAAAUGGGGCGCUUUCUUCAGUGGAGACCUACAGUCCUCAGAAGGAUUCCUGGUCCUAUAUAGCAGGCUUGCCCAGGUUUACCUACGGCCACGCUGGAACAGUCUACAAGGAAUUUGUGUACAUUUCAGGAGGGCACGAUUACCAAAUUGGCCCCUACAGAAAAAACCUGCUGUGUUACGAUUACCGCACAGAUGUUUGGGAAGAGAAGAGGCCAAUGAUCACUGCCCGAGGGUGGCACAGCAUGUGCACCUUACAGGACAACAUCUACUCCAUUGGGGGCAGCGAUGACAACAUCGAAACCAUGGCUCGGUUUGACAUUCUGAGUGUGGAGUCGUACAGCCCCCAGUGUAACCAGUGGACCAGAGUUGCUCCUCUCUUGCAGGCAAACAGUGAGUCAGGGGUGGCAGUUUGGGAAGGCAAGAUUUAUAUCCUUGGAGGAUACAGCUGGGAAGAAACAGUCUUCUCCAAAACAGUCCAAGUUUAUGAUAAGGAGAAGAAUAAGUGGUACAAAGGAACUGACUUGCCCAAAGCGAUCGCUGGUGUGUCUGCAUGUGUCUGUGCAUUGAAACCCAAAACAGAGGACAAAAAGAAAAAGACGAAAACAAAAAAACAUCAAGAUCGAGGAAGAUGACUACUUCUGGAUAACCACCUUUUCAUGGUGGACUCUAAAAGAACCUUGUGUUUAAUCAUUUCUAUCUAAUCUUGAUUCGUUCCUUUUUUUUUUUUUUUAAUGGGGGGGAGGCAUCUUCUGAAGUCUCAGAAAAUAUACAGUUGAAUGUGGGUUUUGGAUUAAGCUCAUGUUUAAGGUAAAAACAACAAAAGAAACCAAAAAAAACCCCUCCUACUAUAUAAGGGGAGAUAAAGCAAGAGAGGUCAUGCUGCUCUCCUGAAUGUAAGGCUUAGUCUUCUGUGGUUCAUGGCAUUUCCA